AUGUAUUUAUGUGUUUGUGUAGCAUGCGAGUCCACUACAUUAAAUAAUAAGCCUUCAAAUACUUUCGACCAAAUCUUCGACAGUUGUUUAGAUGUAUCAAUACAAGAAAAACUAUCGGAUUCAUCGGAUUUCUAUGAUAAAGAUUCUUAUCAUAAAGAGCAAUAUUGCAAUACAGAAAUGCAAAAUACAAUGACACACGAUAAUCAUAAGCAAAAAAAAGAAACUUCAAAAGAAGUGCCGCAAGUAGUUAAAAAUGUGAAUAAAAAAAAAGAGGAAGCAAGUUUUUCAGCAAUAUUACGUGGUAUGCUUGAAAUUUAUUUUUCUUUCAUUAAUUUCAUAUUCAUAAUACAAUGA